GAGGAUACUUUUGAAUAACCCUAAGAAAAGGAAUGCUCUGUCUCUGUCCAUGCUGGAAUCACUCAGAGAGAACAUCCUGACUGAUGCUGACAGCGAGGAUCUCAGAGUUAUUAUCAUAUCUGCCAAAGGUCCGGUGUUUUCGUCUGGACAUGACUUGAGGGAGUUGACAUCAGCUCAGGGUCGAGAGCAUCAUACGAAGGUGUUUGAUACCUGCACAAAGGUGAUGACUCUGAUUCAAGACAUACCGGUUCCGGUGAUCGCCAUGGUAAACGGGAUCGCCACGGCAGCCGGUUGCCAGCUUGUUGCCAGCUGUGACGUUGUCGUGGCGACAGAGACGUCCAGCUUCGGCACUCCGGGGAUUAACAUGGGUCUGUUCUGCUCCACGCCGGCAGUGGCUAUCGGCAGAGCGGUGCCAAGAAAGGUUGCCAUGGAGAUGCUGUUGACAGGAACUCCCAUCUCGGCUCAGGAUGCUCUGCUGCACGGGCUGAUAAGUAAGGUGGUGCCGGAGCAGCGACUGGAGGAGGAGACGUUAGCCAUCGCCCGGAAAGUGUGUCAAAGCAGUCGAGCUGUUGUGGCUCUGGGCAAAGCCACGUUUCAAAGACAAAUGGCUCAAGGCAGAGAUGCAGCGUAUGCUACAGCCUCCAGGGUGAUGGUGGAUAAUCUGGCUCUGAGAGAUGGCCAGGAAGGGAUCCGGGCCUUCAUUGAAAAGCGCCGACCCGAGUGGAGCCACACAGCUGAAAAAGCUCAUGACUGAUCUAUGCUUGGAGAGGCCAUGAUUUAUUGAUUGAAGAUUAAAAGGGCAACUGAACCACUGUAUCUAAUAAACCAUG